CAGACUCCUGGCGUGCCGCUGAUUGCGACACGGUGGAUCGGUUUAUCAAAUCGCGAGUCGAACCAUGCCUUGGUCGGCACAUGCUCUCAAUCCAGUAACGGAACAGAGCCUAAGCAAAGCUCGCAGUCUUGUGUCUUACCAGAGAGAUGGACAUCGUCCGCCAAUAAAGCUCCUCUGUAAUGAGUUGGGACAGACUGUGGCGAAUCGACAAGAGUCCUGGGAGUCGACACUGCGUGCUCGAGACACAGCGCAACUGGGCUGGCAGGAUAGAAAACCCUAAACCGAAGCCUGAAAUCUGAGAGUCUCAUGUCAGAUCCUAAUUACCUGAAGCAUUCAGCCGCAAUCGCAUGUGGCUUUGCAGGAGCCGGUCGCCCUCUUCACGACACCUUCUGGACUCUGGACAAGAUGAUCUACCAAAACCAUCUUACCUUUACCAGUCAGCUCCUCAAUGUCUACGGUAUAUGGGUGGUCAAAUUAUCCAUCCGUGCUUACCUUCUCGCUCUGAACUUCUCGAAGCGAAACAGAUGGGUUAUAUGGGAGACUUUUGCGUACGUGACUGUCUUCAAAUUUAUCUUACCAGUCAUUCAGCACUUUGGGCUCUGUCGGCCUCUUACAUCGAGAUGGGACACGAGGAUCAAAGACAAGCAGCGUUGGUCACAGACUGUACAAAAUAGCAUUGCGUAUACGCAAGCUAUUUCGACUAUCGUAACGGGUAUGAUAUACGCCACGGCGCCCAUCGCACACCUCCAGUCCGUUUAAUUGAUCAGACAGACCCAAUGGGGUGUUCGAG